AUGGGCUGGCCUCUGCGCCAUGUCAGUAGCUCAAAUCCCUUGUAUGAUGAACAGUCUAACGUACGUGCCUCUGACUUACGUACAAAGCCCGAGGCUGAAUUGCUAAAACAGCUUGGGGAGUUGAAAACUGAGCUUGCCAAUCAGCGUCUCUUUAGAAUUACUCGCGGUGCUGCCUCCAAACUUAGGAAGAUUCGCGUGCUUCGCAAGUCUAUUGCCCGCAUCUACACUGUCAUGAACCAGGCUGCCAAGCUUCGUCAGCGGGAGGCCUACCGUAAGAAGCGCUACGUUCCCAAGGAUUUGCGCCCGAAGAAAACCCGCGCUAUCCGACGUCGUCUCAAGAAGAGCGAGCGCUCCAUUCACUCCGAAAAGAUGCUCCGCAAGAUGCGGUCAUACCCCACGAGGCAGUUUGCUCUCAUGGCCUAA